AUACAAAUGAAUUCAGAAAAAAGUAUACACCAAGGCUUGGUGGUAUGGGCGGAACAUCAUAUGGAGGCAAUGAACUUGGUCAUGGAUAUGAAGGUAUAAAUAUCUCUGAUCCAACCAUAUGCCAAAGAGCUUUCACAAUAAAUAAACUGAAAGAAUGCUUGUUCAAGGAGAAAAUAAUUCUAAUUCGAUCACCACCAAUGGCUGGUAAAACUUCACUUGCACAACUUCUUGAACAACAACUUUUGACUGAUUGUUCUGAUAUGAGAAUCAUUAGAAUUUCAUUAUUGUGGAUGGAGGAUGAUGAUCCAAAUUGGAAAUUUUCUGACCGCUUCAGUUGGCUCAUGAGAGGAACUGGUUGGCGUCAAUUUGUAGCAGAGUGUUCACAUAUUGAAACUGUUUUAAUUGUUGAUGAGGUACAAAAAAUUUAUAGGUUAGACUCAGAAAAUGCUGAACCACAUCAUGAAGGAAAGGAAUUUUGGAACACAUUUAAGGAUAUCCAACAAUAUAGUAGACUAUAUAUUGUAGCAUUUGCAUCUUAUGGUUAUCAUGGUGCAUAUGAUUAUAGUCCAAACAGUGAUGAUAUUAUGAAAAUUUUACCUUUUCAACUGAGUGAACAUAGCACAUGGGGAUUGAAAGAGAUUCGGUUCACUUCUGAAGAAUACAAUGAUUAUGUAACAAAUUUCUCUAGGAGCAAGUUGAAUUUAUCAUCACAACAGGAUGAAGAUAAUUUGCUAAAUUAUAUUAGACAAUGUACUUUAUGUCACCCAGGAUUA